AUGGCGCCUAGAAUGCAUGUUCGUGUUCACUUCAUCAAGGUGACGAACUACUUUCAGGAGGCAGAAUUAUACAGAGCCACCACAGGCGAGGAAACUCAAGAGGGGCUUAUUCUGAAUAUUCUUGCUCCCAGUUUUCUUCCAUUCACCACCAACUACUUACUAAAUAAACUGAAGUACGAAAUGACUCAACUCAUGAACGAGCUUCAAAUGUUUGAUGGUAUCAAUGGUGGGCCAAGAAAGGGACAUGACAAGAAGACUACUGUUGCUACUGAGGUUGCUCUUGGAGAAGCUAACUUAGCUUCAAUCUCGAAGAACAACAAGAGGAAUAAGAGAAAUAACAAGAAGGGCAAGACCAUAACUACUGCAAAACCAGCUGGCGGUGCUGCAAAAUCUACUGGAGAAAAAAUGGUGCCAUCUCCUUCGCCUCCUCUGUCUGUGUCAACGACACCUCUUUCUGAUCCAGCAGCUGCCACAUCUGUUGGAAAGUCCUGCAAAUCUAAGGCAUGCAAGAAGGUGUUUUCGCUCUCUCAUGAACAUCCUAUGGUGUUUCCAGAUAUCUCUGCUGACAUAGUUGCACCACCAUCUGAAGUGGUGGUGCCCUCUCGAUCCAAGGACCAUUCUCCUCUUCCUUUUGAUUCGUCUUUGGAGGCUAGGGCAAAAUCGAAAUCUGUUUCAUCCUCUUCCAAAGUUGCUGCUGCUGGGCUACUCAAAUUGCCCUUGAAGCCGAGUCAGUCCAAGAAAAACUCUGUGACUCCCAAAAGGAAAUUGGGGUCGGACGCAUCUCUUUCUCCCUUGUCUGCUGCCAAGAAAAAAUUGAAAGCUCAUCCCCCUUCAUUGUCUUCCUCCGAAUCUGAUCCUGAGGAAGAAAAGUCAGAAUCUGAAGCAACCCAUGAUACCACAUUGUCUGAUGAAACGCUUCCUGAAAAUGCAGAAUCAGAGGCUGAGUCUGAUGAGCCCGAAGAAGAAGACAUUGUCCCCUCUGAACAAGAAGCCGAAUCUGACUCAGAAAAAAUUGCAUCUCCUUUGACAUCCAAAGCUAAAGGGAAGAAACCUAUUUCUGGUUCUACACCUUCUCCAAAACGUUCAGGUGUAAAUUUCAAACCUUAUUCUUCCAUUUUUUGCUAUAAUGAUAAUGCACGUGAUAUGGUUCUAUAUGCUCAAAGGAAAUUUAUCAUUGAAAGAAAUUAUGUCUUAAGUGAUCAUCGUCCUUUUGGUGUGCUAACAAUGCUUCAAGAUCGACAAUGGACAGGUUCUUUGGUUAAAUUUUCUGGUUUUGUGGAUAGAAUAGUCAAGGAAUUCUAUGCCAAUCUUACUAAUGAAAUUAUUGAACCUUCAUCUCCUCUGUAUAACAAAGUGUUUGUUAGGGGCCAUUGGUUCUCUUUUUCUCCUCAAGACAUUGCUCUUGCUUUGCAUCUUCCCCUUGAUGUCAAGGAUGAUGUUGAUGGUGCCUCUCUUAACAAGGACAUGGUUAUCACUGAGUUGGUAGGUCAAAAAAUGGUAUGGCCAUCUAAUACAGUCAUCUCGGUCUCCAAUCUCACCUACACUUAUGCUGUUCUCCAUAAGUUUGCCACAACAAAUUGGAAGCCCACUUCUCACACCGCCACUAUCUCUAUUGAUAUGGCAUCAUUUUUGUACAAGGUGGGGACCGGCAUUGGUAUAAAUUUGGCUUCGGUUAUUCAUGAUCAAAUCAUUGGGUUUCGCAAAGGUAACAGGCAGAAAAAAGAUCUCCAACGUGAUCAAGAAGACUUGGUGGCACCCACUACUGCUGCUUCCUACAAGGCCUCUGCCCCUCCUACUGAAGCCACUGCUGCUCCGUCCUCCAAGAAAGUCAAGCCCCAAUCUCUGAAGAUUGCCUCGGAUGACAUUCCUCAUGCCUCCUCCUCUGUUGCCACAGAUUCAGGACUUGUUGCAACAGAAAUAGCUGCUGUUCGAGCCUCUAUUGAUUCUUUGACUACUCGAGUGAUGUCAAUUGAAGGACUGCAACGUUUUGUGUUGGAGGUUGUUCAAUCUCUGUCCAAAGAUCCAGUUGUUUAG